AUGGUGCCUGGAUAUUACAUCAAACUAUAUAAAGUCCAUUGCCAGUAUUUCCUCCAGAGCUACAAAAAAUAUACUAUGUGAGCUUGCUAGUCAUGAAUCAGAAUGAUGAGCAGGAUUUUGCCAACUUUCAAAACAUGAUCAUUCCUCACAUGCAAAUUAGAGAUUCCAAGUCCCCGCCUAAAGCCCAAGUGGAUGAGGCUUCUCUCCAACAAGCCAUGGAUAAAAACAAAGAAUCUUUGAAAGUGAAGUUAAUGACAAGGAGGCCUAUAAAUCAGCUGGUUGAACAAGGAAUUAUGCCAUCUUUAAAAGUUCCACCUCAUUUCUAUGAACAACGCCAGAAGUUGGAGAGGGCAAAGAUGGGAGACUUUUUAAAGAACAAGAUACAAAGGAGACCAGAUAGGCAAGAAUUGAUUCAGCAACAUAUAUUAGAAGAUACAACAAUUGAUCCCAGUUUGCAAGAUAAACAGAGACAACUGAAAAAGGCUCGUUUAGCAGAUGAUCUCAAUGAUAGGUUGUCACAUCGACCUGGGCCUUUAGAAUUAGUUAAAGGGAAUAUUUUGCAUACUGAUGAGAAAUUCGCUCAAGCUGUUAAAGAGGGGCAGAUCCCAUUCAAAAGAACUUGUGAAGGACAAGCACUUAGACAUCCUUUACCUAGUUUUGCUGUAGAAGAUGACAGUGGUAGUGAUGUUGCUUUGUCUCCACCUCAAGAUGUAUUGGACCAGUCACUCAGCAGCAUGCCAUCUGUUGACUCAAUGGUUUUAUCCCCAUAUCAAAACCAAGACUCUCCUACUAAUAGUACUGGUGAGUUAAGAAUUGCUACAACUACACCACCCAGCUCAUUGCCCUCACCUGCAUCUAGUCAAUCUGGUAGUGUUGGUCAGCCUGAAACCACACACAAGGAGAAUGUAACAACUGUGCGAAGUAGAAAGAAAUCAAAGCCAAAAGCGCAACCCAAAACCCGGACUAUAAAAUUUCAUGAAUAUAAGGGUCCACCAAGUGCACAAAAAAACCAAACUUCACCAACCAAAACUGAAACAUCUUACGAACUUUUACUUCAGCAGCAGCAACUAUUCUUGCAGUGGCAGUUGGAAUGGCAGCAAAAAUAUCCUCAAAUGAUUCUUCCUGUUACGCAUCAACCUUCUGGUGGGGACCAAACAAAAUCAGUGAAUACUGGACAAAAUUCUUCUAUGGACCAGUGUCAGGAAAUGCCACACUCACCAUCCCAAAAUAACAUUUCCAAGUUUGAAGAUUUAAAAGUGAAUGAUCUGAAAGCUGAGUUGAAGAGGAGAAACCUCCCUGUAUCUGGUUCAAAACCUCAGUUAAUUGAACGUUUAAAAAAUCAUUUAGAGUCAAACAGUGGCAAUAAAUCAAUUCCUGAAAAAUGUGCUAAUGUUGAAACAACUACAGUUCCUAUUAGUGUGAGCGGGAUAAUUCUCGAUACCCUUCCCACACUUAUUGCACCGCAAGAAGCUGUCACUUCUGUUGUUACUGUUGAAGCUCCACUAAAUAAUGCAGCAUCUCAGCUUACAAUGGGAGAAGAUGCAGCAUUAAUGGUAUAUAAUACUAUGCCUGUGCAAGGACAGAUAGUAACCUCUCGACCAUCUUCUGCUGCUCCAAUGGAUAUUGAACUUAAUUCAAAUUCAGAGGCAAUGGAUUGUUCAGAUAAUGCCAGCACUAUAAAUGAAAAUAUUGUGAAAAUGCAACAGAAGAAAAUUGAGGAGUUACAACGAGAAUUGCAAAGGUCUCAGAUGCAGUUGCAGCAACAACAGUGGCUUCAACAACAACAACAGGCACAACAGCAAGCCCAGCAGCAGGUUCUGCGGGCAUCACAACCUGUUCCUAUUGCUCCAGCUCCUCCUUCCAAUCUUGCAUCAACUUCUUCUGUGGCUACAACUUUACCUUAUGCUUCAUCUGUAGACACUAUAGCUUUGCAAAAACUGCAUCAACAUUUGCAGCAGAAAAUCCAACAGCAACAGCUGCUGCAGCAACUACAACAACAAAGCAAUGGUAGUGGGAAGUUUGCACCUGGCUCUCCUGCUAUGUCUAAAGCUGUUAAGGCAAAUCUAGCAGCAUUUAUUCACAACCAACAAGCAAAUUCUGUUCGUCUGCCAAAUGGGAUAACAUCAAUAUCUCAACAAAAUAUGCCAUCUUAUUCUGGCCUAAAACCUAUUGUGUUGUGUCCAGCUCAAACAUUACCUGCUGCGGUUGAAAAGCCACGAGCUAAUUCAUUGCCCAAUGGGUUAGGGCAACAGAAACUAGUUUGGACAUCAUCUGUUCCAAACUUUUCUAAUGUGAUAUCAUCGAAACCAGUCCAGGGGGAAGCAAAUGAACAGAAAUACAUAGUGAAAAAAUCUCCAGCUGAUUACAGUGAAACUGUAAAGCCAGUGACAAAAAUAAAACAGGAAAAGUCUCAGUCAUCUUCAGGUAAAAGAAGUGGAAGAAAAUCUGUUAAAAGCCAAGCAGUGGAUGAUGUUUUAGAGAUACUGAUUAAAAAUGGAGAAUUACCACCAAGUGCUGCACAAGAACCUCCAACUCCCACUACUCCAGAAACGCAGAAAACAGGAUGUCCUUCAGUGCCCCCUGUUUUUCCAAAUGUUGAAGAUAUGAAACCCAUUUUACCAGAUUCAAAGAGACUGGAAAUCCAAGAGCAACAGGAAGUGAGUUCUCAACCUCAGCCUUCAACUGUUUACCAACAAUCAGAAGGUACACAGAAUCCAACACUUGAAUUUGAUUUGCACAUGGAAUUGCAAGACAUAACAAUGGAUCCAAUGGAUUUAGGUGUGUUAGAUCGUAAUGAUGCAACUGAUUGUACAGCUCAGACAUCACAGUUUUCUGAUUUAUCACAGGAACAUCAGCCAAAUAACAAUUGUCCAUUAAAUGGUGAAAUAGACAUGGAUGUUGAACUUCCAGAUUGGUUAGAAGCUAUAACAAAUAACAAUUCUAAUGUAUCUUCUAUAAACCAGCUACGAAGUUACAACUAUAAUAGUGAUCCUUUAUUACCAAGCAUGGGAAGUAACCAAGAAACUUUAGAUAUGUUUUCAUUGGAUGACAUUGAUUUUAAAACUCCAUCAGAUACAAAUAUAUUAAGUUGGGAUAAAGUGGAUUAUGCAACAUAAAGUAUCUCUGAUAAAUAUGAUUUAUACAAACUGAUAAAUUUAUCAGGAAUUGUGAAAGAUCAAACAUUGUUUACACUCAAUUGCUCAUUGGAUUCAGUUUAAAGAAAUAAUAAAAGCCUGUGAAUUUCAUGAGCAAAUUUUGUGAAAAUGAAUCACGUUUUGCACCCUUUCUUCAAGAUAUUUAAAAAAAAGAGUAGAAUUAGUAUAAUGCAGAUGCAUGCUAAUUAUUGCUCAAAAUUUCGUGUUUGUGAAAUGCAGUGUUACAUCAUACGUGUGAAGUUUCUUCUACUCGUAUAAUGGGUGCCAAACAUACUGUAUUUAAUUUUUCAUUCCAUCAAAUGCAAGGAUCAUAAAAUGGCAAUUGUUUGAAAACAAACAGUUUGUAAAAAUUUUUAAUUCCUUAAUCAUUUUAACAAACUUUAAUGAGUUGAAAUGAUACAGUUAUGCAUUGUUUCAAAUGCAUCCACUUCAUAAAAAUUGUACAUUUGAAAAUACUUGUUUUGGUGCUGAAGAGAAUAUUUCUCCAUUGUUUACCUUUCAUGUUGUUAUUUGUAUCAUUCACUUCUUUUGUUAUGGAAAGUUCACAAAUUAAACGCCUUUUUAUCAUAUAUAGUUGGCCUGCUGGCUCGAGACCAACAGCUACGUUAUUAAUGUGGCAGGCGUACCAUUCCCUCAUUUAAAUCAGUCUUGAAGAAUCAAGAUUUAAAAUGAAUUUUUUAUGUCAUAAAAAUGUUUAAAGGGAAAACUAAUUGCAAAUGAUUGCAUUUAGUUAUUUAGUGAUUUUUUUCCCCUGUUGUAUAUUUACUUUGAAUAUGAUGUGAUUAAUCAUACAAGCUUAAGCUUCUCUUAAACUUGAAUUGCUCUCUGUUAUGUUCCUUUAUAAUUCCUAGUUAUGAAGGUGUUUUGGAUAUUACAUAAAUGUUUAUAUUUUUUCAGUUAUUGGAGGGGCAGUAUCUUUUAUUUGAAAAAUUUUAUUAAUAUUUUUAUAUGCAUAAUGUUUUAAUAGCUUUGGUUUCCAAUAUUUUUUUUUUAUU